AUGGCGAUAAUCGCCUUCACUGGCGCAGUUUUUGCCUCUCCCGUUCAAAUUGAGAAGCGCUCUGCCUUCACCGUCGAGCAAGUGUUACGCUCUAUUCGUCUCAAGAACGGCCCGGCCCAGAUUGUCAAGACUCUCAACAAGUAUGGCAAGGAGAUUCCCGCCCACCUCGUCAAGGCUGCCGAAUACAUGGCGAACAACACUGUCGUGACUGCUGCGCUCGAAAGUGGAACCGUGGCCGCCAAUCCGCUCGGCCGAUAUGAUGAACUAUACCUGAGCCCAGUCGUCGUUGGUGGCAAAAUUCUCCACCUCGAUAUCGACACUGGCAGCGCCGAUCUGUGGGUUUAUUCAUCCCUCCAGUCCAGUCACCAGGUUGGUGCCCAUGGCUUCUACAUUACCAACCCGGCCAAGCUCAUGUACGGUUACGACUGGGAGGUCUCCUACGCCGAUGGUUCAAGUGCAUAUGGCGUGGUCUAUAUCGACACUGUCAGCAUUGGCGGUGUUACGGCUACUUCCCAAGCCGUCGAGGCCGCCAGCACCGUCUCUAAAUCUAUUAGGGAAAUGGAAGACAUUGACGGUGUGCUCGGUCUUGGCUUCGGCUCCCUCAACACAGUCUUGCCCAAAAGGCAGAGGACAUUCUUCGAUAGUGUCAAGUCCCAUCUUGCCAUGCCAUUAUUCGCUGCUCAACUCAGGUACCAUGGUCAAGGUAGCUAUGACUUUGGCUUCAUCGACUCGAGCAAGUACACUGGACCCAUCACAUACGUUCCCGUAGACAACAGCAGGGGCCAUUGGGGCUUCAUAUCUACUGGAUAUAGCAUUGGCACAGGCGAUAAUAUCAACUGGAAGAUCGAUGCUAUCCUUGACACUGCCACAACUCUGGUCUUCCUUGACACCAAUAUCGUCGAAAAGUACUACUCCCAGAUCAAGGGCGGGAGGUUUAGUAGAAGUUCAGGGGGUUUCGUCUUCUCCUGCGAGGAGACCCCGCCCGAUUUCGCCAUCAUCGUCGGUGGAGUCAAGCAAAACAUUCCCGGCGCCUACAUCAACUACGCACCCCUCGGCAACGGCAAGUGCUUCGGUGGUCUCCAGUCCAACGCCGGUAUUGGCUUCAGCAUCUUAGGUGACGUCUUCUUGAAGAGCAAGUACAUCAUAUUUGACCAGACCACCAAUGAUCCCAGGGCUGGUUUCGCCCAGCAGGUCGGUAUACCUCACUAG